ACCGCCGUCGAUUACAAAACCAGCAAAAGAUAAAAAAAGAAAAAAAAGAAAAAAAAGAAAAGAAAAAGAAAAAGAAAAAAAAAAGAGGGGUUGAGGAGGACCGAAUUGUCAGACCUUUCCCUCCUCCUCCUCCUCCUCCUCUUCUCGCCGGAAAAAAAGACAAAUCCUUUGCUGGAAUCUAACGACAUAGACGCCGCAACGUCUCUUUUAUCAACCUAAAAGUCCCAAGGAAUUCCACAGGUUAUGGAACUUCUCCGUUGGCUGAAGGUGGCAUUUCUUUUCUGUUUACUCGCGGUUUCUGGUGGGCGAGAACUCAAGGUCAAGCAUGCUGGGGAUGUCGCUGUUUACAAUCAUACCCUUGCCACAAUACUCGUGGAGUAUGCUUCUGCGGUGUACAUGUCAGAUCUAACAGCACUAAUUACUUGGACGUGCGAAAGGUGCAGUGAUAUGAUUGAGGGGUUUGAGAUAAUAGAGUUGAUAGUUGAUGUGCAGUACUGCUUACAGGCAUUUGUUGGGGUGGCUCAAGAUCCUAAUGCCAUUAUCAUCGCUUUUAGGGGCACCCAGGAACACAGCAUACAGAAUUGGAUUGAAGACCUAUUCUGGAAACAGCUUGACAUAAACUACCCAGGCAUGUCUGAUGCGAUGGUGCACCAUGGAUUUUAUUCUGCAUACCAUAACACAACUAUACGUUCUGGGGUUCUGCAUGCGGUUAAAAAAACAAAGAAGUUUUAUGGGGAUUUAGACAUCAUUGUUACGGGGCAUUCGAUGGGAGGAGCUAUAGCUUCCUUUUGUGCCCUUGAUCUCACUGUUAAUCAUGGAGCACAAGAUGUUCAGCUUAUGACUUUUGGACAGCCACGCAUCGGCAAUUCUGCUUUUGCAUCUUACUUCAGCAAACACGUGCCAAAUGCAUUUCGUGUUACCAAUGAGCAUGACAUGGUGCCACACUUACCUCCAUACUAUUCUUAUUUCCCUCAAAAGACUUACCAUCACUUCCCAAGAGAGGUGUGGCUUCACCACAUUGGUUUGGGAAGCCUGGUGUAUACACUUGAGAAGGUUUGCGACAGUUCUGGCGAAGACCCAUCUUGUAGCAGGUCUGUGUCUGGGAACAGCAUCUCAGACCAUAUGGAGUACUUCGGCGUUAGGCUCUGUGCAGAUACGUGGGGGUCGUGCCGGAUCAUAAUGGAUAGAAGUAUGAUAAGGAAUAGCACAGAUUUCAAUGGCAGCUUUGUCUUGUCAAGGGAUCCAUUCUCUUCUGUCUUAAAACUAAAUACGCAAAUGGAAAGCAGUCACAGCUCUGUUUAAGAUCUAACCUGGGGCCAAUAGCUAUAUUCUAUUACAGGUGAUAUUUCAGGUGUUGGAUUCUUCAUUUGAAUGCAUGCAGAAGAGAACCUAUUGAAAUUCCUUUGAGGGGGUUUUAGGGAAGAAACCUGUGUAUAGUCAAAUGCAUUCAUUAUCUCCCUUCGUGUGAAUAUGAAUCUGAGGUUGGGAGGGACAAUGUAAAAUUCACUUGAAAUUUCAGGUUUGCUUUCCUAUGGUGUUGACCAAACCGUUUGUAAAUAAUAAGUACCGGAUUUGGAAAUUCAUGUUCUAUGUAUCUAUCAAACAGGAGUUAAAUGGAAUCCUUCCC